CAACAAUUCAUAUCCCUAAAUUACGACCAUCAUCAUCAAUAGAAUCCAAGUCACGGGAUAAAACUCGCUCGGAUCUUCUUCAUUCCCCAUCCGGAAAUAAUCCACCUCGGCUUUCACCAUCGGUAUAUUCGACCCCGCCACAUCUUACCCCGGAGGCUCGGAUGCAAGGUCAUUAAGAGUGCCCCGAUUGGCCACACCGUUGCACAAGAGAGCUCGGCUGAAUCCUAAAGGUUCCAAUUCCCAUCGGCGAUGCCCUGUCGUGCCAUCCGUCUUCCACAACAUGGCCUGACCAGCUCUUGUCGUCUGAUCGCUUGAUUCCGCAAUAGGCAUCAUCAAUACCAUAUCUCCCCCAUCGCGGCCAUCUCGACGUUGGAAUGCUCUAGCAAACACACGACUGCUACAGACUCGACAAUAUUUACGAACUUGGCUCCGGACGGACCGCGCAAAACGAAAUGGCUUCCGCGACCGAAUUGACCUACAAGGAUGUGGCCAAACACACCGCCAAGGACGACAUCUACGUCGUGGUCCACGAUAAGGUCUACAACCUUUCGCCCUUUAUCGACGAGCACCCCGGCGGCGAGGAGGUUAUGCUAGACAUCGCUGGCGCAGACGCGACCGAGGCUUUUGAAGACGUGGGACACAGCGACGAGGCGAGGGAUAUACUACCGAAGCUGUAUGUCGGUGAUUUGAAACGACUGCCCGGUGACGAAAAGUCAACAAUUCACCAUUCAGAUCCCACGCCCGAACCCUCUCGUGGGAGUGGUAUCCCGUUCUACGUCCUCGUCAUCAUCGGUGGCAUAAUUGCCUCUGGUGCAUAUCAAUAUCUACAAGCAAAACAGGAGAAGGAAAUUUUGUAAAUAUAGGGCCAAGUGCAUCGGGAUAUCAAGCUCCGUAGCUAAGGAGGUGAGGGCUAGGAGAUUAUUUGACUGGAAAUAUUCUUGAUAUAGGGAGUAUCAGAGUUACGUCUUGUUCACCGUCGUUCGUACACGGUUCAGUCAUUGCUUCUAUAUAUCCAGGAUUGUUUAUCUAUCAAUUACAUCUCAAUACCCAAAUUAGUUCCAUUUCAG